CACUUGUGUGAGUGCUUCUCGAUUCAUGAUUGUUUGUAGCCUGAAUAAAAAAGGAAAGACUAAUUAACUGCAAUAAGCUCAUUGCCUAGAAAGUGUUCCGCAGUCAAAUGGCGAACUUCGAAGUAUUAAGAAAAGACUACAGUAAUCACUUGGCGGACUGUUUGAAGACGUCAGACAUCUCCGAAUUCCAGGAAAAAUGUGUUGCCGAAUGUACAAACGAGAUAGAGAGAAAGUCAGCAGUGGAUCAGGCCCUGAGAGAUACUCUCCUCUCAGUACUGAGUGAAAACCUUACAGGAACUGUCGCAGCCCUCGAAUCCUACGUGACAUUGACAAUUGAACUGUGCAGAACUGACCUAGCCUCGCCGAGUAUGCCAGUCAUGCUCCUGAGUGACAUGUUUGACGCAAUGACACUCGACAAAUGUGAACAGUUAUUCACCUAUGUCGAGAAUAACGUCACUGUUUGGAAGGAGGAUUUAUUCUUCAAUGGCUGCAAGAAUCAUCUCCUGAGAAUGUGCAAUGAUCUAUUACGUAGAUUAUCUCGCUCACAGCAGACAGUUUUCUGUGGGAGAAUUCUCCUUUUCCUAGCUAAAUUCUUCCCCUUCUCUGAGCGUUCAGGCGUCAAUAUCGUCAGUGAAUUCAAUCUCGAUAAUCACACUGAGUUUGGCACCGAUAAAACCGAAACUGACGUGACAGAGGCCAUGGAAGUGGACGGUAAAGAAGACAGCAAGAUACAGAUUGAUUACAAUUUAUACAGAAAGUUCUGGGCAUUACAAGAUUUCUUCAGAAAUCCAAAUCAGUGCUACAACAAAGUCCACUGGAAGAUUUUCUCAGCUCAUGCUGGUAAUGUUCUGUCUGCCUUCUCCUCUUUCAAACUCGAAGAGCAACGUGCCUGUCCGACGACUGGGGUAAAAGAGACUAAAGGAGACACUGCAACCGAAGGAGUCCACAAAGAAACCCCUUAUUUUGCUAAAUACCUGACAAAUCAAAAGUUGCUUGAACUUCAAUUAUCCGACUCCAACUUUCGAAGAUACGUGCUGCUUCAGUUUCUCAUUCUCUUUCAGUAUCUCAAUAGUACAGUUAAAUUUAAAUCUGAAACCCACGAGUUGAAGCCAGAUCAAGUUGACUGGGUAAAAUCAACGACUGAUCAGGUAUAUGCAUUACUUGUUGAGACACCUCCAGAUGGUCCAGCAUUCGCUGAGGUGGUGAAGAAUAUUCUAAAACGUGAGGAGCACUGGAAUUCGUGGAAGAACGAAGGUUGUCCUGAGUUCAAGAGGCCAGCGCCAGAAUCAGCAGAUGGAGAUGAGCCAAGAAAGCCCAAAAGAUUAAGAAGAAGGAUUGGGGAUGUUGUGAGGGAUGCACAGAGGGCUGGAAAAUUCUGCAUGGGCAAUCCUGAGCUCACGAAAUUGUGGAAUUUAUGUCCCAAUAAUUUAAAGGCUUGUAAAUCAAAGGAGCGUGAUUUUUUGCCAUCUUUGGAGACUUACUUCGAGGAAGCUAUUAUGCAAUUGGAUCCAGAUUCAAUGGUGGAGGAUGAAUAUAAGAAAGUUAAUGAUGGUAAUUUUGGAUGGAGGGCAUUGCGAUUGCUGGCUAGAAGAAGUCCCCAUUUCUUCGUCCAUGGCAACUGUCCGAUAUCAAAGUUACCAGAGUAUCUGGAACUGAUGAUUAAGAAAAUUGCCAAAGAUCGACCUCAGCAGUCUGAUAUCAAACAGGAGGCUGAAGAAACUACACCACCAGAGGCCAAUGAUCAAGAGUUUAAUGAAGACGUUUUGAAACAAGAGUCGGAGACUGUUGAAGCUGAAAAUACUGACAAUAAAGCAAGAAAGUUCAAUCCAGUCAGUAUGGAGAUGAUUGAGAAACUUUCAGAAGUACUCAAAGAAGAUUGGGAGAAGUUAGCAACAAAAUUGGGAUACGACAGUGGAGAGAUUGAAUUCUUCCAAGGGAAGCCAACUCAGUAUGAACAAUGCAAGACAAUGCUGCAAAUCUGGGCGGAAGCGGAUGAAGAUGCCUCUGUGGAGAACCUCGUGUACAUUCUGGAGGGAUUAAACUUUGAGAAAGCUGUGGCCGUAUUGAAGCACAAGAACGACUAAAACCUCACAAAAACUUUCAUUAAUCAUCAAAAAGGGUCUCUCAAGUACAAAGUAGCAGGAAUAAAUUGGUAAUCCCAUAGCUUUCUGUUGUUUUUUUUUAUUGAGAAAUUCAAUAAUAAAGUAUACAAAUCAAACUCUC